AUGUGGCGAUGGUUGUUACCAGCCCUUCACACCCUAGGCAUCCGCCGUCACCAUGCAAAACUCACUCACGCAUUUAACGCACGCGUUCCAUGGGCAAUUACCUCCUUCGCGGCGGUGUACGGCCUAUCCGCUUCUCUAGCAUCCAAUGCCGGUUCUUCAAGGGCCGCUAGUUUCGCCCAGCUCCCGCGUACCUCAAGCGCCCCGUCUUCCGUCAGAACCGCCGCAAGAAGCCCCUCAUUCAUAACUAUACGCGAGCGCGAAGGCAGGCCCGAGCAAACGGAGACGGCUGCCUGGACUUCACAGCUUUCCACUGACUCCAAGGCUCUCGAUGCUCUGCAAACAUUUCUCUCCCCCGACAACCUCACCACUUCCAACCCACGCAAACACACGGCCAAUACCCUCAAGUCUCUGUAUAUAUCAGUCAAGGCCAGGGAACAGCUUCAGAGACUCGGCGCCGAUUCUCUCAGUCAGCUUAUAUGCGCCUUUGGUAUUCUGUCAGCACGUUCCGACAAAACACCUCCCUUCUCAACACCGCAUAUAUCCAACCUCAUCGGCCAUGUCGCGCCAGCAGGAUACAGCAAUUUCGUGUAUCAUCUCGCCCAGGAUAAGAAACACCAGGGAAUGCCAAUCUCAGAGAGUGACAGAUACUGGGUUAUGCGUACCAAGGUGUCCAGCCUGGAGGCUGCUUUGAAGUGCAAUGCAUGCUCAAUCAAGCUUCAAGGUGGCCGCUGGCACCCUCGCUACUGCCACCAUAUUGCACACCGUCACGAUAUCCACGAUGAGAUUACCCGCGUUAUAUGCAACUACCUACAGAACGCUCGCCCUCCGCGAUCCCUGGUACCUGUCUUGCAAUGUAUCGCUAGUAGGCUCAUCUCUGUGGGCGCCGGAAGUCAAUGUCUUUGCAUCAUCAAUGCCAUCCUUCGCUGCGAUACUACGCUCUUGGACCACGCUUUCAUUACCCAUUGCCUCCGCCAAUUUCUGCGCUCGAGGCAGUUCCGAGCAGCUGCGAAACUCUUGGACGCUGUGUGCAGUGCCUUCCCUCAGCAUCAGCGUAAAUGGAAGUUGUAUAUCACAAUGGGGGCGUACCGCCGUGGAGCCUCUAGGGUUGCCCGGUCGACUUUCAGGCGCGCCGAGAUUACUCACGGAUUUGAACGCUCGGCCGCCAAAGUUGCUCAUUCGGUGGAUUUUCGCUCUCCUGCUAUACCUGUUCUUACCUUGAAGCUGUCUGGCCUCGCCAAGCAAGAGGGGAACAGCUUGUCCAGCCGCGAGUUGCACACCACCCUUCACUUUCUGUUGUCGGCGGGCCGAUCAUCGGCUGCCAAAUCUCUUGUGCUCCGCCACGCACCCAAGCUCGACCAACACACUAAGGCUUCCUUGUGUAACAGCUACCUCUCUUGGACGCUCGCGCGGGGCCGCCCCCGCAACUCCCGCCUCAUGCGCAAAGUCCUCCGUCUCCUCGACGUUUUUGUCCAGCGAUGUGGUUUUGCGCCCGACCGCGUGACAGUUAACCUCCUCCUCAAGGCAAUGAUACAGUGGCGUGGCCUCCUCGACGCCCACAAGCUCCGCGCUCUCUUCGAUCAUAUGGUGCGCAGCGGGUAUCCCUCGGGUCGAGACGAUGGCAUCCCGCCCUUUGGCACACCUGCCGCGGGCGGACAGUUUGGGUUCAACAUGCCGCGCCUACCGAAGGGGAUCUCCUUCGCGAAGCAUGUGCGGCCGAUGUACAAGCAGUUCGUGAAGGCGUUUUAUCUCAGAGGAGACGUGGAUGCGGCGAAGACGGUGGUUGGGAUUCUGAAGGUCGAGGAACAGGUAUCUGAGGUGGAAAGGAUGCGGAGGACGAAGGCAAGACGAGCCGGACAGGCCGCGAAGGAAGCCAAAGUGUAGACGAAUAAGAGCUGGGACUUACGCGACCGAUCUUCAAGUGGGAUGCAUGCGGUCUUUUCCCACUGAACGCUACCUCCUGGGCAGGUCGGGCGAUAUAGAGCUAUUUUACAGCAGUUAAUGUUGAGCUAGACGGGGUAAUCCAAUGAAACUGAAGUAUCGAGUCGCC